UCGUCACUUCGUCCAAACGAAAAACUUAGUGUGUUGCACUUUCAACACUUUGUGCAAUUUGCGUAAUUAUCAAACGAUGGAAUGUUGUGUCUCGAAAUUUGGUAAUCAUGUAGAGGACAUCAUAAAAUGUUAGAAUAUCCAAAAAUCUCAGAAUUCAGAAAAUCUCGGUUGUUUCUUCUUUUUUUUUUUGGUGUGUAUGCCCAUAGAUUACUAGCCUCCAACAUGGUUGACACUUUGCAAGCUCUCAACACUGCUUUGCUGGUAGUCUGCAGCGCAGCCGUAGUCAGUAACGUCCUUGCUGUGGUGAUAUUCGCAGCUACCAAGAAGCUCCGCGUCAAGUACUAUGCCUUCGCCUUCAACCUCGUUCUGGGCGACAUUGUGGCUCCGGCCUCCAUACUAAUUCUGAUCAAUGCCAACCUUCCCAAGCUGAGGCCGUUGUAUAGCACGUCCCUGUGUGCCGUGAAGCUGAGCAUCCUAGCGAUUGCCGUGAAUCGCUUUCUAGCUCUGACCAUCACGCCCCCAGCUCGCUAUGACGCCAUGGUGACACGUGGUCGCAUGCUGGCAGCUUGCGUGUUGAUUUGGAUCAUCUCUGCCGCCAUCCUUGUCCCCACCCUGCUCCACUCCAAGCUGUUGGCCCGGAUGCUGCAGUCAUCAACCACGCUGGGCAUAUUGCUCAUCACCGCUGUCUUUUACUGCGCCGUGUUUCGAAAAAUGUCCCGGUACACUCCACCGCUCGCAUCCACCGAAGGUGCCCGGGCCGACGACGCCGUGGCCCGUACGCGCCUCCGCCAGACGCGCCACUUGAUGAUCACUUUCACCAUCAUCUUAGUCACGUGCUUCGCAUGCUGGAUCCCGUACUGCAUCGUCAACUUCAUGGUUUACUUCAGUGGCAAGAGCAUGCGCAUGUCCGUUGGGCCCCGAAACCUCUCGAUUUUGUCCCGUCUUGUUGCCACCAUACUGAUGUUCAACUCUCUCAUUAACCCAUUCAUCUACUGGUGGCGUAUCCGAGAGUUCCGCGUCAGCAUGUACCGUUUGAUCUGUCGUGGUAGGGGUAAAGUCGAUCCUGAGAAUGAUGUGGUCACCCUGCACACAAUGCAGGAACCAGAAAAUUGA